AUGCACUUUCCUGAUAUUGUCUACGCUAUUCAUAAUUUUGAGGCUGAAAAUGAAGAUGAAAUGACAUUUCGGUAUGGUGAACCUAUUGUCAUCCUUGAGAAAGACGAUCAAUAUCUUGACGGAUGGUGGCAGGGACGCAAUACACUGGGUCAAACUGGCCUAUUUCCAAAGAACUACACCUCACCCGAGAAACCACCAAAUACCAACAAUCGUAUAGUAUCAUACAAUGAUGAUAUUUAUCACCACAUGCGCAUGUCAUCUGGAACAAGCAGUGCAACAAUCUCAUCUGAUGAGUAUCGUGCUACUAACACCAUCCACUCGUCUCCAUCAACAGAAGACAUUGCAAAUGUAUCGGCGAGUAAUACAACAUUUGGCGUCAGCAAUUCAUCUCCAUUUGAUUGGAAUAUGGAAGAAGUUGUUACAUGGCUUGACUCUGUUGGCUUAGAGUCUUUUGCUGAUAACUUCAUAGAUCAAGAUAUCACCGGGGAUGUUCUCUUAAGUCUAGAUCAUAAUGCUUUAAAAGAGUUAGGUAUCCAUGCGUAUGGUCGUCGAUACAAGGUGCUAAACGCCAUCAAGUCGCUGAUUGUCAGUACAACUAGUCAGUCAGAAGCAUCAAAUGAUAGGCAAUCAGCCAGUGCUUAUUACAGUCGAUACGGAUCAGUAACCGAGAAUUUUUCGAAUAAUAAAACCAACAGCGUCUCCUCUUUAAAGUCCAGUGUUUCAUCUACAACACCCAGAUCCGCUGUACCCGCCAAUCUGUCUGCAUACCGCCAUUCUCUGUCUACCCGCUCAAACAAUAGCAAUAACAAUGACGCUCAUUCCAGCUGCGCUUACAGUGAGAACAGUAGUUUGAUGUUGGAAACCAGACCUUCAUCCAACUCGACAGCUGCAUGCAAAAGAUCUACAUUUGACAGUCAUUUAUCAGCAUUGCCAUCCACACCAUCCAUACAUCAAAGGCAUACACUAUCCGAUGUAUCCAUGUACGACCCAUCUAAGGCAACAGUACCUCCUGCACAGCAGAGCAGUAACAGCACAUUUCCUGAAUGUGAAGGCUGGAUUUACAAACAAAGUGAUCGUUACAAGACUUGGAACAAGCGAUGGUUCGUGCUUCAUGGUACCAAUUUAUUUUAUUUCAAGAAUCCAAAGGAUUCAAGAAUGAAAGGCAUCAUCCAUUUGCGUGGUUAUCGUGUUGUCUUGCAAGAUGCCAAUAGCCAUUCAGCGUCUACCAAAAAGUACCACUUCAAGCUGCAUCAUGACCAAGAAAGAACCUUCUUUUUGUACACAAGCACAGUGCAUGAUAUGAAGCGGUGGGUUCAAGUAUUGAUGAAAUCGACAAUACAGCGUGAUUUAUGUGUGCCCGUGGUAUCUUCCAAUACGGUGAAUACCGUACCUCUGGAGAUUGCUCAACAAAUGAAGCCUAGACCACCUUCUACUCUCAUGUGCAGCAACAAGGACAGAAAGGUGCUCAACUACCGUCAGGCUAUAAAGAACGAUGUUGUAUCAAAUGCACUAGAGGAAGAAUUGGACGAGACGUUGCUUUGGAUGGAGCAUCCCAGCGAUCAAGAUGAAGAGCCUUAUCAAAAACUCAUUAUUCGGUCCUACCCGUCGCCAAAGGAAGAAGAAGGACAGCAAGAUGAACAUGUAAAUUUCCAUUAUACUAAACAAAGAGAGCAGAGCUAUUUCUUUGCCACACCUACACAAGCUGAGAAAGAAGUGUAUCCACGGUACCACUCACAUCAGCACACCAACGAAGAACAUCCACACGCUUAUGACACGAAUCCUUCCAUAUCCCUAUCCUCCUCUAAACACGCCAACACCAACGAUGCCAUUCUGUACUGGGUAAAUCGCACCUUGGCUCCUACCAUUGAGAUCUAUGAUUUAGGGUCUGCGUUUCGUUCAGGACAAGUUUUGAUCCAAUUACUGGAAACACUCAGUGGACAAUCUAUAGCCCUUGAGAAGACUCAGGCAUCGGCUAGCAUGAACACGCUAGACAGCAUUGUAGAGGCUUUCGAGUUUAUGAAUCGAGAAGGCAUUUUCAAUAAUGGCUACACCAUCAAAGAUGUCUUUAGUGGCAACGAAGAAAAGAUUGUAGAUAUGAUUCUUUCCAUCAAGAUUUGGUCAGAAGAAAAACAAAACAGAGCUCUUCAGAUAUAG